AUGAUGGAUCUGUCAAAUAUUCCCCGAACUUCUAUGUCCCAUAGUGGUCCCAUACGUGCCAACAUCUCUUCCAUGCGUGAUGUUGUACUGGUCCAGCGCAGACAUCCACCGCAUCUCCUCUGCGCCGCAUCGCUCAAGCCACUUUUUGACCUCCAAAUCGGUCUCUUCCUCGCAGAUGCAGCUCAUGUUCACAGUCCAACUGGAGGCCAGGGUUUGAAUACUAGCAUCCAAGACUCUUUCACUCUUGGCUGGAAGCUUUCCCUCGUUGUCAAAGGACUCGCCCCUCCCUCUCUUCUCGAUACUUACUCAGAAGAGCGACUUCCGGUGGUCUCAGAAAUGCUGAAGCAGACCACUAAGCUGCUCAACGGAAUGGCGAAAGCUUCAAAGGAUGGUACCUGGAACCGUUCUGGCCCGGCUCUUCGAUUGGGCAUCAAUUACCGAUGGAGUUCAAUUGUGCUUGACCAGGUGAAGAAAACUGAGUCUACUGCGCAAGACAGCAUCGACGAGAGAUCCAACUCAUACGGUGUCGGCGUCAAUAGUGAUCUGCAAGCGGGUGAUAGAGCACCAGAUUCGUCAGACCUUAUCCCUCUCCGCCCGGAUUUGAUGGGCAAGAGGAGCUCAUUGUUCCGCGAUGUUUUCGGGACCUCCUACCACACGGUCCUUAUCUUUGCACAACUAGUGGAUACGAAGGCGUCACUCCAGCGUGUUGCAAGUUAUCCAAAGGACGUCCUUCGAAUCGCCGUCGUUGUUCCAUCGCAACAGGCAGUUCCCAUUGACUUACCUGAUCACGUCAAUUUGGUUUUUGAAGAUCGCGAAGGCCAUGCUCAUGAAGCCUAUACUGGGCGGAAGUGUGGUGUUGUCGUUGUGAGACCAGACGGGGUAGUGGGUGCCAUGGCAAAAGAUCCACAGUGGUUGGACCGUUACUUCAAGGGAAUACUACUUGACCCAUCCAAACUAUAG